GGCUCAGUUCAAGCACAGGCCAGCACAGGCCUUCAAUCGAUGCAGCAAUCAGUGGCUCAUUGACGAAGAAAGCUACUUCUUACCGGCUUGGUUCUCAAUCGACCAUGUCGCAAGAAUCGGAAAGUGGUGCAUCCGCGUCGCGAGCGUACGAAGUGCUGCAGAAUGAUCAAGUUGGCAGAUACAUGGUCGCGAGUAGAGAACUACAGGCUGGUGAAGAAAUCGUCACAGAAAUGCCCUUCGUCGUCGGACCGAAGGCAUGCACUUAUCCCUUGUGUCUCUCCUGCUAUACACCUUGGCCCCCGGAAUCGGAUAACAAACCGUUAUGUUCUAAGUGCGGAUGGCCUGUCUGCGGCCAAGACUGCGAAGAUGCUCCGCAACAUAAAGAUUACGAGUGCCAGGUGUUUGCACAGGCGAACGAGAAGUUUAACGUAGACGCCGCUCUGGAGGGAAACAGCGAAAACGGUAUUCCGCAGUUAGAAUGCAUAACGCCGUUGAGACUAUUGUUGGAGUCGGAAAAAAACGUCGAAAAGUGGAACAAGGAAGUGAAGGAUAUGGAGGCGCAUAGUAAGAUAAGAUGUCAGAAACCGCAAUGGAAGUCAGAUCACGUCAAUAUUGUGGAUUAUCUGAGAAAACGGCUCAAACUUGACAGAUUCUCAGAAGAGUACAUACAAAUGGCAUGCGGUAUCUUGGAAAUUAACACGUUCGAGGUGCGAACGGCGAAAGGGUUCAGCGCACGUGGUCUCUAUCCGACAGUCGCUUUGAUGAAUCACUCGUGCGUCUCGAACACGUCUCACAGCAUCUCGCCGGUUGAUUACAGGAUACGGCUGCGUACCACGCUUAAAAUUCCUGCGGGCGGUGAACUCUACGCGAGUUACACGCACUCGUUACUUCCGACGAUGCUACGGAGAGAGCAUCUGCUCGAGGGUAAGCACUUCGCGUGCGCGUGCCCCCGAUGUUCAGAUCCUACGGAACUGAGCACUCACAUGUCCUCACUGAAGUGCAACAAAUGCGACAACGGAAUCGUUUUGUCGCUGGAUUCUCUAGAUCCGCAAAGUACAUGGAAAUGUACGCAUUGCGAUUUUUCCACCAACGGUCACGCAGUACGAAAAGUUCUGCAGAUAAUUCAAGCGGAAGUUGACGCCGUUGAAGCCAUCAGCGGAGCUGACGGAGCUGAUGCGAUUAACGCAAGAGAGACCAUUAUGAAAAAGUACAGAUCGGUUUUACACCCCCGUCAUGCCUUUCUUUCGAUGUUAAGACACUCAUUGACUCAAAUGUACGGCCGGGUUGACGAAUAUUUGUUGGACGAUUUGCCGGAUGUUGUAUUGGAGCAUAAAGUCGAGAUGUGCCGUUUAUUGCUUCAAGUAUUGGAUGUUGUAGAACCUGGGUACAGUCGUGUAAGAGGCAUGACGCUAUACGAGUUACACGCACCGUUACUAUUUUUAGCGAAAGGUCAGUGGAAUGCCGGUGUCAUUGACGAGGCCGGACUGAAGUCUAAAAUGAUAGAAGCGGCGAAUAUUUUAAAAGAGGCGGCUACGAUAUUAAGCUUAGAGCAACCAGAGACGUCCGAGGGACAAAUAGGACUCGUCGCGAAGGAAUCUAUAGUUCAACUGGAACAAUCCAUAAAUGAUUUAUAAGUAUCUGUUGUAAAAUCUCGUUAUUUGUAUAAAUUUAUUAUAUAUUAAUAAACAUCAUGUUUCUUGAGGUCUCUCGAGAAACCAACAAGUGCCAAUUCCAUCUGAUUAUAUUUUGCAAUUUUUUGAUCAAGGAAAGUGAUUUUUAUGAAACAACUGAAA